AUGUGUCCUAUGAUCCUCAAUCGCCUGUCCGAUGGUCCCGCUAUGGUCCUCUCUCCUUCCCAAGAAAACGCCUUCGGCCAGCUCCCCUCCCAGUCCUUGCUGGAUACCCCGGGCAGUUUCCACACCUACCCGGGGAACUUCAACUCCUCCGCCUUCGGGGCCAACAGCUUUGCCCAGCCAGCCGUGAAUACCAAUGUCUCCGCUGCUCCCGCUCCGCCCAAGCCGUCUCGGAAGAGGUCGCGUGACGAGGCUGCCUUUGAUGAUGCCCUCGCUGUCAAUGCUCCGCCGCAGCCCCAACCUGCUUCCGCUCGCAAGGAGGAGCCUAUCUAUGGCGAGGGAAUGGUUCUGUUGAAUCCACAAACCGGCCUGGCAGUCUCCGCCGAGAGCCAAACGGGUACUUGGUAUGAAGAAAAAACCGAGUCGCAACAAGCUACGGCGGCUCCAAUCUCGUCGCGAUCUAUUGCGAUCCAGUCAGAUGGUGCCGAUAUCAGUCGUAAGGCCCAGCGGCUUGAUACCUCUGCCCCAGCACCGCACCGCCCCGGCCACCCCCCAGCCGAACCACUCAUCGACGAUGCCACUCGCCUCCUGGGCAUCAGCUGGCAGCGCAUUGAUACCGACGACGACAUGGCCCCUGCUGUCCGUGGUUGGACAAAGUAUAUCGACAACCAGUACGCCGCCUAUCUCCACCACUCGCAGAUGCUCAUGAAGAGCCGCGCACUCAAUGCCUAUCUUGUCGCCGCUAUGCCCGUCUCCGCUUUUUCACCGGCUUUUUACCUUUUCAAUGAAGACCUCACUCAGGGUCAGCUCGUGGCUUCAUCGUGGGAAUCAUGCCUGAACAACCUGCGCUCCACUCCUCCCGUCUUUGAAGGAGCCGCUCCUCUCGCUGCUGCAAGCCGUCCACAACCCGCCGCCAACCCCUUCACUGCCGCCUCCGCAUCUGGGGUACCCCUUCUGCAACAAGCUCUUUCAAGCCACUCUCACUCGCCUACCUGUGGCAUGGACGCGGGAGCGGGGCUGAACGGAGGCGUUGAAAUGGGAAUGGAAAUCGACUCCUAA